UUGAUGCCGCUUAUUCCGUUGCCAAUUUUGAGGCUUGAAUACCACCAUAAGCUUCAGCUGGAUCAAUCUUUGUGCGUGUUUGUGUCACAGGCUGCGAGUCAUCUUGCAAAGCAUGAAAUUUACAGUAAGGUAGCGGAGGCUUCUGUUCCUGCUGCUGCAAAAGCAACUACUGGUGCAGGUAGCGGUCUUCCAGCUAUACGACAGAACUACCGGUCGAGCUUUGUUCGGGGCCUACGCUCUGACGCUAGAGAGUUUAAUAGCAGCGAUCCAGAAAGCAUUAUAUACAACUUUGAGAGGCAGCCUUCAUUGUAUUCCAAACCUUCAGCUCUCUCGGAGUAUGUAAAAGCUGUUGUCAGUCGUGAAAUGCAAACGCGAGGAGGAAUUGGUAAUUCAGCAAGGGUGGAAGGAAUUAGCGGUAGUGGUAGUCAGCUCUUGUCAAAAGAUGGUGUUCACGGUACAGCUCGUACACCGUUGCACAUGGUUACAGUGGAGAAAGGUAGAAUAUGGAAACAGCUUUGGGCUACCUUCCGGGCCAUUGCAGUUACUGGCCUUAUAAUUUAUGGAGGUAAAGCUCUGGUUGACAAAAUGGCUGACCACGGCCUUGUAAUCUUUGCCGGUAAGGCGCCGCAUGAGUUUGAGGAACUAGAAGAUGAAGAAUCUAGUGAUUCAAAAGAAGAUGGCAAGUUCAAUAAAAGAUUAGGUAAGUUUGAUGCUCUGAAAGAAGUACACUCAACCACGAAAUUUAGCGAUGUAAAGGGGGUCGAUGAAGCCAAAGCUGACCUUGAAGACAUAGUUCAUUACCUACGAAAUCCCAAGCGAUUUACACGCCUCGGUGGCAAGCUUCCAAAGGGUGUUUUGCUUGUGGGCCCACCUGGCACAGGGAAGACCAUGUUGGCAAGAGCUGUGGCCGGGGAAGCCGGCGUCCCUUUCUUUGCGUGCAGUGGCAGUGAUUUUGAUGAGGUGUAUGCUGGUCUUGGGGCUAAGAGAGUGAGGGAGCUCUUUCUUGCAGCAAAGAAGAGAACUCCUUGCAUAAUAUUCAUUGAUGAAGUUGAUGCUGUCGGUGCGCGCAGAAAUGCAUUAGAUCCAGCGUGGCAAAGGCAGACCCUGAACCAGCUGCUUUCUGAGAUGGAUGGCUUCAAGCAGAAUAAUGGGAUUAUCGUUAUCGCGGCGACCAACUUCCCGCAGUCGCUUGAUAAAGCCCUUGUCAGGCCUGGGCGUCUUGACCGUCAAAUUCAUGUUCCUAUUCCAGACGUUGAGGGCCGACGGCAGAUCCUCGAGUCUUAUAUGUCAAAGGUGUUGAAAGCCAAGGGUGUGGAUGCAAUGACAAUUGCGAAGGGGACACCUGGGUUCUCAGGUGCAGACCUCGCAAACCUGGUGAAUGACGCCGCUCUCAAAGCUGCCAAGGAAGGGGCAAAAUCUGUUACGAUGCAUCACGUAGAGUAUGCCAAGGACAGGAUCAUGAUGGGCAGUGAGCGCAAGUCAGUUGUAUUAUCUGAUCGUUGCAGGAAGAAUACAGCGUAUCAUGAGGGAGGGCAUGCUCUCGUUGCUAUCCACACAGACGGCGCUGACCCUGUCCACAAGGCCACCAUUAUUCCCAGGGACAAUUCUCUUGGCAUGGUAACACAGCUGCCAGUGCAAGACAGCAUUGAGAACCUCACGAGGAAGCAGAUGCUGGCGAGGCUGGAUGUCCUCAUGGGAGGAACUGUGGCCGAGGAGCUUAUAUUUGGAGAAACCGAGGUCACCACCGGCGCCUCUUCUGAUCUAAGCACGGCGACUCAGUUGGCGACAGUCAUGGUUACCAAGUAUGGUAUGAGCAAACGGGUUGGUCAUGUUUCGUAUGACAAUGAUGAAGGUGGGCCGACAGCCAUGAGCGGGCGAACAUCAGGUGUGGUUGACGAGGAGGUGAAAGAACUAUUAGAUAAUUCUUACAAGAACGCGAAGACGAUCCUGACGACUCACAAUAAGAAGCUCCAUGUGCUAGCCAACGCACUCCUCAAGCAUGGCACUCUUAGCGGUGACCAGGUCACGAAACUUGCCAAGUAAAGUGGUGUUUUAACAAUAGUGUAGUCAGCUAUAUCAGGAGUUAUUU